AUGAGUAAGUCGGAUAAAAAUGGAUUGGAGAAUCCUGCGUUUAGUGAAGCAGGCAUUGAUCCAGCUAUCAACGAGGAGAAGAAGAAUGCUGCUGAAGUUGACGAAGAAGAGCCCGAACGUGCAGUAUGGGGAAACCAAAUAGAAUUUCUCAUGUCAUGUAUCGCAACAUCUGUUGGUUUGGGAAAUGUUUGGCGGUUCCCAUUUGUCGCGUACCUAAACGGAGGAGGGGCCUUCCUGAUUCCCUACAUCAUUGUCCUGAUCUUAAUUGGAAAACCGAUGUACUAUCUGGAAUGUGUAUUAGGACAGUUUAGUUCGCGAAACUCCAUCAAAGUUUGGUCUAUAUCACCGGCCAUGAAAGGUACGGGAUAUGCGCAAGCGCUCGGCACUGGUUCUAUUUUAUCAUAUUACGUGUCCAUUAUAGGACUUUGCCUCUACUACUUGGCUAUGAGUUUCACAUCCACGCUGCCGUGGGCUAUAUGCCAGCCUGAAUGGGAAAACUGUGUUCCUUCAGGAGAGACUGAAAAUAUCAACAACACUGCAAACGGAAUUAGUAGCGCGGAGUAUUAUUUCGUACGUACCGUGCUACAGAGAAGCGACAAUAUCGACAAUGGUAUUGGCGUGCCAAUUUGGUACUUGGUGCUGUGCUUGCUAGCCUCUUGGGUACUAAUAUUCCUGAUAGUAUCCAGGGGAGUCAAAAGUUCAGGAAAAGCUGCCUACUUCCUCGCACUAUUUCCUUAUGUAGUCAUGAUCAUAUUGCUUAUAAGCACUGCCAUUCUGCCGGGGGCCGGAGAUGGAAUAUUAUUCUUCAUUACUCCUCAAUGGGAGAAAAUUCUUGAACUUAAGGUGUGGUAUGCAGCUGUGACGCAAGUAUUCUUCUCAUUGUCCGUAUGCCAGGGGUCUAUUAUCAUGUUCUCGUCAUAUAACGGUUUCAGACAAAACGUCUAUAGAGAUGCCAUGAUUGUCACGACGCUUGACACCUUCACCAGUUUACUAUCCGGAGUAACGAUCUUCGGUAUCCUUGGUAACUUGGCUUUCGUAUUGGACAAGGAAGUUGGGGAAGUGGUGGGUUCGGGUGGAACUGGUCUCGCCUUUAUCUCCUAUCCAGACGCCAUCGCUAAGACCUUCCAGCCACAGCUAUUUUCCACGUUGUUCUUCUUGAUGAUGGCUGUAUUGGGCGUCGGAUCAGCCGUGGCAUUACUUUCAGUAUUAAACACAGUACUAAUGGAUGCCUUCCCCAAAGUUCCUGUGGUCUACAUGUCUGCUAUUUCUUGCUCUGGAGGCUUUCUCAUCGGUCUUGUCUACACUACACCCGGGGGGCAGUUCAUAUUGGAACUCAUCGAUCACUAUGGUGGAACGUUCUUAGUUCUUUUCUGUGGUAUUGUUGAAGCUGUUGGUGUAUUUUGGAUAUAUGGUUUAGAGAAUCUGUGCCUUGAUAUAGAAUUCAUGUUGGGCAUCAAAACGUCUAUAUACUGGCGAUUCUGUUGGGGAGUCAUCACGCCAGCUAUGAUGAUCGUCGUCUUCGUUUAUGCUCUUGUGACGGUUGAAGCACUUAAAUUUGGCGGAUGGUACUCUUAUCCAGUAUCUGCUCAUGUUUCUGGCUAUUUAUUACUCGGGGUUGGCAUCGUGUUUGUUCCGAUUUUCAUAACCAUCGCUAUGUAUAAAAGGAGAACUGGAAAUUUGAUAGAGACUAUUAAGAAAGCCUUCCAUGCGAAGAAUACUUGGAGUCCCAGAUCACCAGCUCUGAGUCGAGAAUGGAGAGCCUUCAAAGCUGAUGCUAAAGAAGCGAGGUUGUUGCAGUGUUCCUCGAGGCUCAAACAUCUUGCGCUAAGUUUAUGGGGAGGCUAUAAACGGUCAUAG